AUGCACCAAGAGUCCUUCUCACACUCGCUGGUUUUACUUUGUAUCCUCCUGAGGAGCAGCCAGGCCCUCCACAACGACGCCACGGAGCAUGCAGGCAGUCUCUUACCCCAUGCGGGCCCACCGCAGGAAGACGUGAAGCCGGGAAACGUGUCCCUGAACCGGGCGCGGGCCGGCGGGAGAGCAGCAGGACGGGACGGAGGCGAGCGAAGCCAGAUGGGCUGCAGAGAACUGAGGUCCACCAAGUACAUCUCUGACGGCCACUGUACCAGCAUCCACCCCAUUAAGGAGCUGGUGUGCGCCGGCGAGUGUCUCCCGACUCAGAUGCUUCACAACUGGAUUGGCGGCGCCCAACUGUCCAGAAAGUUCUGGACUCGCCGCAGCACCGGUAUCAGCACCAGCCCAGACUGGCGUUGCGUUAACGACAAAACCCGUACUCAGCGCAUCCAGCUGCAGUGCCACGACGGUAGCAUCAGAACCUACAAAAUCACCGUGGUGACCUCAUGUAAAUGCAAGAGGUUCUCCAGGCAGCACAACCAGUCAGGACACAAGUUGGGGGUUCUGACGCCACCCCAGACGCAGAUCCUGCACAAUUCCAACAGCAGGAAGUCGCUGGGAAAGAAGCACAUGAGCCAGAACUGGCACCAGACUGGACCAUGAGGACUCCCAGUCU